CCAGGCUGGCCUCGAACCUCGAGCCUCCCGACCUGAGCGUCCCAAGUAGCUGGGAUUAUAGACCUGUCCGACCACACCGGCUAUGAGUUCUAUUUUAAAAAACAAAAUUUAAAAACAGUAGGACCUCAAAAUCAAAACGUCAAUGAUAAGUACGCAAAUUAAAGUACUAUUUUAACAAGUGGGCGCUCCGGUAAAAUCCGGAGCUGUGGUCGCGUACGUACGAGGCCGGCUCAGGCAGCGCCGCGGGCAGCCGGGCCGCCGCGAGGACCCCGCAGGCCAAGAUGGCGGCGCCCGUGCGGCAGGCGCGCGGCCUGCUGGGGCUGGCAGCGGCCCUGGCCCCGGGCUCCCGUAGCUACCGUGCGCGGCCGCCCCCGCGCCGGCGGCCGGGGCCCUGGUGGCCGGACCCGGAGGACCCGCUGACCCCGCGCUGGCAGCUGGGGCCGCGCCACGCCGCCAAGCAGUUCGCGCGGCACGGCGCCGCCUCCGGGGUGGCCCCCGGCUCGCUGUGGCCGUCACCCGAAGAGCUGCGCGAGCUGGAGGCGGAGGAGCGAGAAUGGCACCCGAGCUUGGCGGCCAUGCAGGAGUCGCUGCGGGUGCAGCAGCUGGCCGCGGAACGGGAGCGGCAGGCCAGGGAGCAGCUCAUCGCAGAGCGCAUGGCGCAGAUGCCGCAGAUGAUUGAGAACUGGCGGCAGCAGAAGCGGGAGCGCUGGGAGAAGGCUCAGGCAGACAAGGAGAGGAAGGCCCGACUGCAGGCCGAGGCCCAGGAGCGCCUGGGCUACCACGUGGACCCAAGGAGCGCCCGCUUCCAGGAGCUGCUGCAGGACCUAGAGAAACAGGAGCGCAAACGCCUCAAGGAGGAGAAGCAGAGGCAAAAGAAGGAGGCGCGAGCUGCUGCUAUGGCUGCUUCUGCGGCCCAGGACCCAGCAGCCUCCGGGGCACCUAGCUCCUGAGCUUUGUUCUUUCCCAAUAAAGCCUGAUGCCCAACCACCCUGUCCCCCAAAUGGCUCUGUAUCCUCUCCAGAUUCGCCUCCUUGGGCCUCUUGAUUUGUUCCCCAACACCUGGGCCUGAGGAAUCCCCCACCCAGCUCUGUUCACAAUGGGACACUAGGCCUUGCCUCUAACAGGCUUCACGGGGAGAGAAAGGAGGCUGUGUGGGCAGAUAAUGGAGGAGCAGAUGGCAGUGGAGAAGAAGGCUUCUGUUUACCAACAUUAAUCUCCAGUAAUUAGCCAAUUACCAGGGGGGAAGUGUAGCCAAAACAGACUGUGGUGAUGAUAGUGGGGGGUGGGGAGGAGCAGCCCUUUGGAGGCAAAGCUGGGGCAGAGACCCAAGGCCUGGAAAGGAGACAGCCUCCAGUGGGAAAUGC